AUGUCGGAAGAAAAGAUUCAUCCCCCUCCACCUUCACAACCCACACAACAAAAAUAUUCGAGGUACAGAUCAGUAAGAGCCUUACCAUCCAAACCCGAUCCCGCACCUCCCAAACAAGAUGUUCAACAAAAUCAAAAUACUUCCUUGUCGAGGACAAAAAGUAUGUCAAGAUAUCGACGUCCGAAGGUGGCCCCCCAAUCCGAUCAUUCACCCCCAGUACCCUCAUUACCUGUCUCGCAUGUCCAAUCGACAUCUCCAAAUCCCGCCGCGAGAAUUCCAAUGACGAGGCGAACAACGGAUCCAGUUGAUUCUGCCAUUGGCCUUCCCUCAAGCUAUGCGCAAACGAGACGCCCCAUUCCCAAGCGAUCGCAAACCCACUUGGGAGCGACGGGGGAAUCUCACAAUUACGACGAGCGACAGCAGAGUUGUGAACCAAAUUACAAUAGUGACAAUGGCAUAAAUCAACAGAUACUCUUCUCUCCAUCGCAUUCCCCUCCCCCGGUUUCUCUCCCGGUUCAAUUGAGUGACGAGGAGACGGAGAGGAUCUUGGCAGAACAGAAGCGCAAGGAUCUGGAGCGAUUGGAAGCAACGUUGGAUGCUGCGGCAAAUGACUCGGUCAAAAGCCCUCCUCAAAAGUUUGCAUUUUUUAGUAGUAAGAGACGUGCUACUACAACCACCAAGCCUCCGCUACCUUCUGUCUUGGACAAUAUUGCAUCAAUACAGCGGACGAUAGGUGAUGGCCCCCCCAGAAAUGAUGCGCCUGUCAUCAAUCCUGUUGGUAUACAACAGGGUGGAGGAGGAAUAGUACCGCAAACUGAUGCUCCAAUUUCAGCAUCAAAUGCGCCGGAGAGGAGAAUUUUAAUUCGCUGUAAACAGUCAUCAAUCAAUCUACCAGUCGACGCAGACACGACUCCCAUGGAUAUUAUAAAUUCUGCUGCAAAUAUCAUGUCGACCCAUAUCGAUCCACACACUGCUGUAUUAUUGGAGUCAUACACAACUCUUGGUCUAGAGCGCAAAAUUCGUCGUUAUGAACAUAUUCGAGAUAUCAUGAAUUCUUGGGAUAGAGAUACACAAAAUUCUUUAAUUGUGGAAGGUUCCGAUGCUUAUGAUCAUGAAGAAGACCUUGACGCAUCAUCGGUACCCACAGAUGCGCCUCAAGAUGUUACGGUGCAGCUUUAUCAUUCUCAGAAACCUGGCAAAUGGAACAAACGUUAUAUUACACUUCUUUCUUCCGGUCAAGUAUUUGUCUCGAAAAAGUCGGGGGUGGGUAUCAACGAUAAAGAUUCAAUGAACAUUUGUCAUUUAUCUGAUUUCGAUAUCUAUACCCCAACAGCGCAACAAAUUAGGAAAACACUCAAACCACCAAGGAAGAAUUGUUAUGCUAUCAAGAGUCAACAGAAAACGGCCAUGUUUUUGAGUGCCGAAAAUUUCGUACACUUCUUUUGUACUGAUGAUCACAUUGCGGCAAAUGCGUGGUAUUCAGCGGUUCAGAGAUGGAGAAGUUGGUAUUUGGUUAAUAAGAAGGGUGAAGGUCAGAAGAAAGCUACCAAAACUGUCAAGACGAUGAAAGCAAAAAUUGCAUCAGGACCAGGAACGGGAGUCAAAGGUGUUCACACACAUAGGGUAAAUGUUUCGGUGGAUGAAGAUCCAUACAUGAUUGGAUCAUUUAAACCAUUACUCGAUAUGGACCGAUUCGAUAAAUCAGAAGCAGAUGAUUCAACCGAGGAUGAAAGGCCAAUGCAAAUUCCUUUUCAUCUACGAAAUACAUCUGCAAUAGCACCUCUUCCUCGCCUCGUACAAGAGAGACAGCCGAUAGCAUACCGAGCACCACCUCAAGAAGAUCAAUUCGCAUCGGGUGGAUUAUUAGGAAGAACAUAUUCAGUCCGUCAAAAAGCACUGCAGGAUCGAGAGAAUAGUCUCAAAAAUGGAUCUUUCACAGAUGGUCCAACUCUCAUCAAUGGCAGCGCUCAAUCUCGAACAAUGUCGAUGCCUACGAAAGCCAAACGUUUAGAAGUAGCUAAUACAAGUCUUCAACGCAGUCCAAGCAGUAAAAAAACUAAACCGUUAUUGGAUUUUACGCCUCAAUUUGAAGAGGCACCGCAGUGGAAUAAAAAGGGCAAGGGUCAUGGUGUAGCGGCUCCUUCAGGGUUAUUAUUGGUUGAGGCGGCGAAUACGCCGGAGAGUGGCUUGAAUGAUAUCCCAAAGGCAAAUACAGUGUUUAGGAGAGAAACGACAACUCAGAGACCGAGAACAAGUACGAACGGAAGGGAUAGAGGACAGUCGGGGACUAGGGAACCAUUUAUUAAGGGUGGAUUGGUCGAGGGUUCAUUGACGGGUGGUGGAAGAGAUAGGGGAAGAGUGGGGUAUGACUAA